GACUGGGUGCAAGGAAUCGCUGUCAAUGGAGGAGCAGGAUGCCAGGGUCCCAGCCCUGGAACCAUUCAGGGUGGACCAGGUUGUCAGGACAGAGGGUGCACAGAGUGGGGGGGGUGAGAUAGGCAGGCUGACUCCUGGUCCAUCGAAUGGAACUUCCCCCUCCCUCCAAAUUCAUUUUUUAUCCUCAAGAGUCCAGCCCCACUCUCAAGUCUACCCUGGAAUGGGCAUGUGUUCCUUGACUUCAGACCCUGUCCCAAAUGAGGACAUCUUUAGCCUUUCCACAAGGUUGCUCAGUAAUGGUAGGGUCCCUGUGUGGGUCAAAGACCCACAUCUUCAGAGGUGUCUCUCCACUGCAGGCACCAGCUGUAAUCUACUACAUCCCUGACUUCAUCUCCAAAGAAGAGGAGGAGUAUUUGCUUCGACAGGUUUUCAAUGCCCCAAAGCCAAAGUGGACUCAGCUAUCUGGGAGGAAGUUACAGAACUGGGGUGGGCUUCCCCAUCCCCGUGGGAUGGUCCUUGAGCGGCUGCCCCCAUGGCUCCAGCGCUACGUGGACAAGGUGUCUGACCUCAGCCUUUUUGGGGGUCUCCCAGCUAACCAUGUCCUCGUGAACCAGUAUCUGCCUGGGGAGGGCAUCAUGCCCCACGAGGACGGACCACUGUACUACCCGACUGUCGGCACCAUCAGCCUGGGCUCCCACACCAUGCUGGAUCUCUACAAGCCACGGCAGCCAGAGGACGAUGAUGCUACAGAACAGAAACUCCAACAUCAUCCCCUCAUGGGUGCACCACGAUCCUCCCAGAUGUCCUGGCUGCCCGCUACACAGGAUACCCCGGCACCGAUAUCCUGCCACUGUGAUCUGCAUUGUGGGACACCCGCAGAUUCUCCUUGCUUCUUGUCAUAUGACUUUGCUUAGGAACCCCCUAGAUACGCUGACGGCUGUCUCUGCGCCAUGCAUUUCUGACACCUCAGUGUUCACAGAUACUCCCUGAUCUUCAGGGAGUCCCCUUUAGCUCUGUGUGCUUCUGGAUACCCUGACAUGCCUCAUACUGCAGGCGUCCUCUGAUGUCUUCAGAUAUCCCGCUCCCUGUGGCCUCCCUCACUGUCCUCACCUGGUCCUACCCUCACUCAGUUCUGCCCAGGUGUUCUGGGACAGCUGAUCUCUCUCCCUGUGGCCACACCCUGCUGACCCUUUGACGUCCCCAUCUGCAGCCUUGUUGCUGCCCUUUGCUGAGAGACUACCAACCCCGGGCUCUUCCUUCCCUGCCCAGCAGUCCUAGUCUGGAAAUCCAGAUUUUUCACUCCUCAGCCACCAACGUCUAUCCCCGGGAUCAUGCCUUCUCCUUGGCCUUUGCCCUGAGGACUUGCUGACCCUUGUCCUUUGACCCCUGAAAACCUGGUGACUUUUCACCCACCCCAACCUCUGGAUACUCAUUGACCAUCAACCUGCCCCGCAGCCGCGGCCACCACCCAAACCCAUCACCUCGCUGCUGCUGGAGCCCUGUAGCCUACUGGUGCUCCGAGGCACCGCCUACACGCAC